AGAUAUCCCUGCUUAUUUGUUUUGUGUUAAUGUUUGGAAAUGCCAUGCUGUUAUGCUCCUAUUACGCUUCAUCUCUGGCAGUCAUUUGGGGAUUGGUUGCUUUUAGAUCACGUUUUUGUGCAUAUUGGCCACGUUCCAUUGCAUAUUCAUGGGUGGCUAAAGGAACCGUCUGGCUUCUUGGAACUAUAGUGCUCAAAUUCGUUGCUUCUAAAUUAUUAGGAGUUGCAGAUGAUGCGCACAUAAGUAAUCUACUGAAAUCUAAGUUCACCAACUACAAGGAUUUUGACACAUUGAUGUACACAUGUGCUGUGGAGUUUGAUUUCAUGGAAAUUGAGACUCCUCUGAGGUACACGAAAACCUUAUUACUUCCAGUGACUGCCUGCAUUUUUUCUGUUAUAGUUUCAAGGGUGGAUAGGAUGGGAGCUCAAUACUCACCCUCCACCGUACAAGACGUUUAUUGUACUCACAACCUAAGAUUGCCUGAUCGAUUCUUCAAAACCCGAAUAGAGACUUUGAAGGAGCUGCUCUGUUUGUUAAAAGGAAAAAUUCCAGAAGGCUUUGAUGAGUAAGUGUCCAGAAUUUGGCAAUUUGGGUUACGGGCUUCGAAAUACAGUAAAUUAAGCUUUUAUCACAUAGUUUUAAAACUAAUAAGUGAAAGCAUGCAAAAUUCUAAUUGGCAUUUAGAUUUAAUGGGGUCAAGAAGUUAUUUUUAUAAAAGUCAUCAGCACGAAUAACUAAGCAGGCGUCCCGUUACAC